CGCGGCGCCAGGCAGGGCCCCCGCCGGAGGAUGCUCGGCCGGCCGCCGGGGCCAGGACCAGGACUAGCACCAGGACUGGGACUGGCAGCGUGUGCUGCUCUCCGGGGACGGCCCCCACCCGCGGCACCCCGAGAGUAGCUGCUGGAAGGCCGCCCUGCCGUAGCCGCUGACGCUAUGGAAGACCGCAUCCGCUGCUCUCGGCUGUAGGAUGGUAGUGCACAGCAAGGUGUCAGCAGAUAAUGCACUUGGAGCAGACCCAAGACGGCUUCUUGACCCUCCGGCACGGGAUCGCUCACAGGCACGAGGCUUCCAGGGCCCCGGCCGGCCCGGCACUGUGCAGGCACAGGGCAACACACACUUCCGAACCUUUCGCUCCCAAGCGGAUUUCAGUAGCAUCACUCGAGCCAGCAGCCUGCUGGAUGCCUGUGGCUUCUACUGGGGGCCUCUGACUGUCAGCGCUGCCCACGAGAAGCUGAAGUCCGAGCCUGAGGGCACCUUCCUCAUCAGGGACAGCACACAAAAGAAUUGCUUCUUUGCCAUCAGUGUUAAAACUGCAACUGGACCCACCAGUAUCCGGAUUAACUUUCAGACCGGGCGUUUCAGCCUGGAUGGCAGCAAAGAGACUUUUGACUGUCUUUUUAAGCUGCUGGAACAUUACCUAAGCUCCCCGAGGAAGGUACUGAUUACCCCCCUUCGCAAGGUCCGGGUGCAGCCACUGCAGGAGCUCUGCCGGAAAAGCAUCGUGAAGAGUUUUGGAAGAGAGAACUUAAAUCAGAUCCCGCUCAAUCCUGUUUUAAAGGACUAUCUGAAAUCCUUCCCAUUUCAGAUAUAAGUGCAGCAUUAACUGUAUAGGGACGCAUUAGAUAUGUGGAAUGAAAUCCAGCUUCCUGGGUUUUUAAAUAUGUUUGACAGUGAGCAAACUUAUUUUUGUAGCAAUUUACUGUAUUUUGCGAUGGAACCUGAACACUUGACUUCUUAUGUUUACAAAAACUGUUUGCACAAACCUGGGGUUUUAAAACCCUGGCAUAAUUUUUCUGCCAAGCAGAAUAUUUUACUAUUUUAUAAUAUUUUUAAUGGUAUUAACAUAAUAAACUUUAUUGUCACAGUUUUUAAAAAAAAUAGCAUCUCUGUUUUUAGUUUUAAAGGCUCCGGCACCUAUCCUGCUGGCAGAUCAACUGCUUAACUGAGUGUGUAAGUGCAGACAGGUCUCCACAUGGUCCUGCUUCUUUCCCCUACCAAAUUAGUCUGUCAGUGCUAGUGCAGCAGGCAGAGGAUUCCUGCCUGCAAAAGCCUACAACAAAAAAGGGCAAGCGAGUAGAAAAUAUAC